AUGAAAGAUAACAAAAAGAAAAAAAAUAAUAAAAAUAGACAAACUAAAUGUGAUAAAACAAUCAACAUUUGUAAUGAAAAUGAUGAUGAAAGUACCAACAAAGCCAAAAAAGAAAAUAGAUCAAAUGUAAAUAAUAUUGGGAAAAACCAGAAUAACGAGAAAAACAUAAACCAAAAGAAUUAUUUAGAAAACUGUAGUAUCCGAAGUGUAGGUACUUAUGAAGAUGAAAACGAUAAGAGAAAUGUAUAUUAUAUAUUUGAAGAAUUAAUUCUGAAUAAACAUGUUAACAGUAGUAUAUACUAUUAUACAUGGUUUUAUUAUUUUGAAAAUAUGAUAUUAAAACUGGAUAGUUUUCUGAACUUAAUAUUGAAUUAUUCCUAUUAUCUGCUCAAUAAUUCUAGUACUAAUAUUAAAGGCAGUAAAAAUAAUAAACGUACUAUAUUGUUAACUCAGUCAUCUCCUAUAUCCAAGCUAAUAAAUAGCAGCAACAACAAAAACAAAUUCAAACUAGGUUUUAAUAAUAAUUCAUUUAAAAGUAUCGAACAAAUAAUUAUUCAUAAAAAGGAAAUUACGGCAAAUAAUAAAAUAGAUGAAAAGGAGAUGAAUAUUAUUAAUUAUUUAAAAAAGAAAAAUAUUAAAAGUAUGAUUUAUAUUAAUGAUAUUUUUGAACCACAACGUUUAUCUAUGAUGUUUUUGAUUUAUUCAACAGAUGAAAAACAAUGUGAUGUAUUUUUCAGUGAGGAACAACGUAUUACAGAACAGCUAACUAAUAGUACUCCUAAAAAAUUAGACUAUAAUGAAUGUGGUAUACUAAAUAGAUAUGAUAUUAUCCUUAUAAGGCAUUCCCUCGAAAUUAUUUAUUUAUAUAAAAACAAAAAUAUAAAUACAAUUUGUGAUAAUCACACAUGUAAUAGCACUGAUCUGAUAAGUAGUACAAAACCUAUUUUAAAAAAAAAUAAUCCUAAUAAUGGUAAGUCUAAUAAAGUGGAAGUAGAUAGUACUUUUCAAGAGAAUGGUACAAUAGAAAAAACCAAAUAUCAUAGUAUGGUUACUUGGAGGCCCUAUUUGAAUAAUUCUUAUUUAUUAAAAUAUAAUAUCGUGCUAGAUGCAUUAAGUGUAUGUUCAGGAAUGGACGGAUAUAUUGAUGAUAAAAAUUUUAAUUUCGAUGUUUUGAUAAAUGAUGAAUAUUCUUAUUUAAUUCAAUAUAAAACAAAGCUAUCAAUUUGCAGAUUAGUAUAUGCCGUUACAUCUUUAUUGAAAAAAAAAAUGAAGCCAAUUAUAUAUAUUCCAUACUGGUGGUACCACGAUAUACAAUUCUGUAAAAACAACAUCGUUGAGUCGACAGAAUUCCAUUUAUACAUUUUCAAUGAAUUAAAAAAAGACAUGUUGCUAAAAAUAGGUUAUAAAAAAGUAGACCCAUUAAUGUUAAGCAUGGAUGAAAAAGAUAUUGAUAUCUUCAUCGAUCAAGCUAUACAGAAUGAUGCCACACUAUGUACAAACAAUAGCGACAUAAUUAAAUAUUACCUCAAUAUUAAUGAAAGGGCCAAGGUUUCCAAAUUCAUUUCAAAAGGAACAUUUUUUGUGCUUACUAAUCAUCUUUAA